AUGGAUCACGUCAAUCACACCUGGACCUGGAGCUUCAUACUUUCUGGUUUCACAGCCACUGGGGCCCUGCGACCCCUUGCCUUCUUGGGCGCCCUGUGCAUCUAUCUCCUCACCCUCACUGGGAACUUAUUCAUCAUCAUCUUGGUUCGUGCAGAUUCAGGACUCUCUACACCCAUGUACUUCUUCAUCAGUGUCCUCUCUUUCCUGGAGCUCUGGUACGUCAGCACCACGGUGCCCACACUGCUGCAGACCCUGCUCCAUGGGUGUUCACCCAUUUCAUCAACUGUGUGCUUUAUUCAGGUGUAUAUCUUCCACUCCUUGGGUUUGACUGAGUGCUACCUGCUGGGUGUCAUGGCACUGGACCGCUAUCUUGCCAUCUGCCAGCCACUCCGCUACCAUGAACUCAUGAGCAGACAGGUGCAGUUGUGGCUAGCCUGGGCCACUUGGGUGGGUGGAUUCUCAGCGGCUCUAGUUCCAGCUAGCCUCACGGCAACUCUGCCCUUCUGCUUUAAGAAGGUGGCCCAUUACUUCUGUGAUCUGGCACCUCUCAUGCAGUUGUCAUGUGUGGACACAAGCUGGCAUUCUCACAUCUAUAUUGCAGUAAUUGGCAUAAUCAACACAUGCAAUCUCAUGUUCAUUUUGGUGCUCUAUGGGGGCAUCCUAAAAGCUGUGCUGAAGCUGCCCUCAGCUGCCAGCCGUGCCAAGGCCUUCUCCACCUGUUCUUCCCACAUGAUUGUAGUAACACUCUUCUUUGGCUCUGCCUUUAUUGUCUAUGUGGGGCCCCCUGAAAUCCGGGCUGAGGGCAGAGACAAGUUUAUUGCCUUAGUAUAUUCUCUUUUUACCCCCUUUUUCAAUCCUAUCAUCUAUACCCUUCGUAACAAGGAGGUGAAGGAGGCCAUCAAGCGGAUCUCUCAGAGGAUUAGAGCUGUUUGGAAGAGGUUCUGA